GCGUCACUGCGUCGCCAUUUUCGCAAUUGUUGUUAGCAGCUUAGCCGUGUUAGCUAGGCUAACUGUUCAUUGCAUUUUUUUGCGUAAAUCUAGAGUUUAAAUUUAGAUAUUAUAUUGUAGUUUGGUCGUGUAAUUUUGUAUCAGAAUGGACGAUGAAUAUUACGGCGGAGGCGGUGGAGGAGGAGCGGACUGGGAGGGUCCCGAUGGCGGCAUGGAGGAUGGUUAUGUUGAUGAUGGCAAAAUUCAGGAAGCAUGUCUCGAAAAAUUCUCCAGCAGAGACUAUAUCAUGGAACCAGCAAUUUUUAAUACUUUGAAAAUGUAUUUCCAGGCUGGUGGGUCUCCGGAGCAUGUCAUCCAGCUCCUCUCUGAAAACUACUCGGCUGUGGCUCAAACUGUUAACCUCCUGGCAGAGUGGCUCAUUCAGAUGGGUGUGGAGCCGGCUCAGGUUCAGGAAAGAGUGGAAAACCACUUGAAGAGUCUCCUCAUAAAACAUUUUGAUCCACAGAAAGCAGACUCCAUUUUCACCGUGGAGGGAGAGACCCCUGCAUGGCUGGAACAGAUGAUUGCUCACACCACGUGGAGAGAUCUGUUUUACAAACUAGCCGAGGCUCAUCCAGACUGCCUCAUGCUCAACUUCACUGUUAAGCUGAUUUCAGAUGCAGGGUACCAGGGCGAGAUCACGUCUGUGUCCACGGCCUGUCAGCAGCUGGAAGUGUUUUCACGAGUCCUGCGGACGUCGCUGUCGACGCUGCUCGAUGGAGGAGAGGAGAACCUGGAGAAGAACCUGCCUGAGUUCGCUAAAAUGGUGUGUCACGGGGAGCACACAUACCUCUUUGCUCAGGCCAUGAUGUCGAUCCUGGCCCAGGAGGAGCAGGGCGGCUCGGCCGUGCGUAGGAUCGGCCAAGAGGUCCAGAAAUCUGCUCAUGAGAGAGGGCAUGAUGCCAGUCAAAUCACCUUGGCCCUGGGCACAGCAGCGGCGUAUCCUCGUGCUUGUCAGGCUCUGGGGGCCAUGUUGUCCAAAGGAGCUCUGAACCCGGCCGACAUCACUGUGCUUUUCAAAAUGUUCAGCAGCAUGGACCCGCCUCCCGUUGAACUGAUCAGGGUUCCUGCUUUCUUGGACCUCUUCAUGCAGUCUCUGUUUAAACCUGGGUCAAAAAUCAACCAGGAUCAUAAGCACAAAUACAUCCACAUUUUGGCUUAUGCAGCCAGUGUCGUCGAAACAUGGAAGAAGAACAAACGUGUGAACAUAAACAAAGAUGAGCUGAAGUCCACGUCUAAAGCCAUAGAAACGGUUCAUAAUCUGUGCUGUAACGAAAACAAAGGAGCUACGGAGCUGGUGGCAGAACUGGGCACUCUCUAUCAGUGCAUACGUUUCCCUGUGGUGGCGAUGGGCGUGUUAAAGUGGGUGGACUGGACUGUGUCAGAGCCGAGGUAUUUUCAACUGCAAACAGAUCACACUCCUGUUCAUCUGGCUCUGCUCGAUGAGAUCUGCACAUGUCACCAGCUGCUGCACCCUCAGGUCCUUCAGCUCCUCAUUAAACUGUUUGAGACUGAACACUCACAACUUGACGUCAUGGAGCAGUUGGAGUUGAAGAAAACUCUGUUAGAUCGUAUGGUUCACCUCCUCAGUCGUGGUUACGUUCUCCCGGUUGUCGGUUACAUCAGGAAGUGUCUCGAGAAACUCAACACUGACAUCUCCCUCAUCAGAUACUUCGUCACAGAGGUUUUGGACGUGAUCGCGCCUCCGUACACCUCAGACUUCGUGCAGUUUUUGCCGAUUCUAGAGAACGACAGCAUCGCAGGAACCAUCAGAGCCGAAGGAGAAAAUGACCCAGUGGCAGAGUUCAUCGCUCACUGUAAAUCCAACUUCAUCAUGAUCAACUGACAACAUCUUUGAAGGACAUUUCAUUCAAACACAGACCAUAGACUGGCUGGUCUCAAAACAGGACCCAGUCUGGACUAGGAUCAGAGCUCAUCAAAUGAAUGGGAAAAGGUCCAAGGACAAUUUGUGUCUGGUGCUGGAGGUUACGGCUUAAUACUAAAGAGCAGCUAAGUUUCUGUGUAUUUGAUUUUCUAUGUUAUAUAUUGAUUUGUGCUGUUUUAAUAAAUCUGAGAAUGUGGCCACACGUUUUUUUAAGACCGAACCAUUACUGGAAGAUUUUGGAUGGUAUUUUCGGACCAAUAAUGCAAUUACAAAUGUAUUGUUAUAUGAAUUAUAUUUUAAAGAUAAAUACUUAGUUCACAAUGUGCAAUAACAUUUGAGGAAACUGAAAUCUGAAAUGUUAAACCAAUACAAAAAUCACAUGCAUGUCAUUUCAUGCAUUAAUUGUUGACUCAGAUAAUUGGAGUUUACAAUUUGCUAAUGAAAACUGAAGUGACUUUUCUAGUGAGCAAUCAUGCAGUUCAUAUGUAAAAUUCUCUUUCUUCCUUUCCUUACACACAUUAGUAAACACAGCCAAAAAGGGUUUAAGAGUAUCAACAAUUUUCAACAAAAAGCUGAGGGUCACUGGCUAAAAAAACGGUUCACUAUUGCUCACUAGCUUGUGACUAAUGUUAUUUGAGAGGGACUUUACCAGCACAAAUCAUCUCACCUGUUGUAGUUCAACUAAGCCAGUUCUUUCUGGUCAGUUCUUUAAUUUGAGCUUUGUGUUAAAACACAGCUCAAAUUAAAGUCUAACAAUACUCAGAGCAGUGCCUACAUUUAACAUCACACCCCGAGGGAAUGUUGAUGAGAGAGUAUCAAUAUACAAAGAGCAAGUUAGCAUUUAGUCCUGAAAUUAGUUUGAAGCAGAGAAACUGGGCUAAAAUUUUAGACCUGGUUUAGACCUUGGGUUAGUCCUGGUCUAGUCCUGUUUUAGUUCUGGAUUAGAAUUAGGGUAGACCUUGGCAAAACCUGGUUUAGUCCUAGUUUCCUUAUCUGCAGUGGUUUCAAAAGUGGUUCAAGGAAUCUCAAAUCAUCAAGUUAAUGCUGGUCCAACAUCCCAUUUUAUGUUUGAUUUUGGAAAAUGAAAUAGAAAAUUCACAGACACAAACUGUAAAUAUUUUAUUUUUAUUGCCAGUUUGAUUAAAAAAAGUUUGCUUCA